AUGGCCGCCUCCCGCUUCACCCGAGUGACUCCUCUACUCCGAUCAUUGGCCUCUACACCCACCCGACCGUCCACGAGCGCCGCGGUGUCCUUCACCUCGCGAUUCCCAACCUCGUCCCUGCGCUGCACCUUCUCCACCACCUCGACCUCGUACGCCUCCGAAGCACCCCCGCAAUCUCCCUGGGAAGCAAGAGGUUUCCAAUCCGAAGUCCCCAUGUUCGAUAGGCUACAGAGCCAUCCUGAAGUGCUGCAAUCGAUCGAACAACUCGCGGAGAUCGUCAAGGAGAAGACCGGCGUCGACUUGAGGAAUGGUGAUGCUCCGACCAUGAGCCUGAUGUACAAACUUGCCCAGUGAGUUCUUCUACGUCGUGACAGCACGGACGAAGGUGCAGCUCGGCACGGACCGCUCGCUUGAAUCCCCUUUGUUCUGGCAAUUGGCUCGAUUCGGCUCAGUGGCCAGCUGCUGAUGCACGUUGGAAAUGUUCCUUCUGAUGCUGGACCCUCUCACCCACCCACAGGGAUCCCGAGCUCCGAGCGGCCGCCGAAUCCCUCAUGGCAGCCUUGCGCUCGGCCGGCAUCGAAGUCGACCCCAAGCAGGCCUUCAACGCACUGCAGAUGAUGGGCGGAGCAGGCUUCGAGGAUAAGAACAGUCUCAAGGAUCUGCACGAGGCCGUCAGGAAAGGGGAGGGAGAGGAUGGAGGGGACGGCGAGGGUAAAGAAGGCGAGGGGAAGAAAGCAGGCAAGAAGUAG